ACAGAACAACUAACUUUCAUGAUAAUGAUGAACUAAACAAGUCUGAUUCUAAACGACGACGAACAGCUAACACAAAAACUCGUCCAAACACUUUACCAUCUUCAAAUGUUAAUAUGCAUAAAAAUGUUAGGCAAGCCUCCAUGCCUAUCACAUCUGAUAUCUCGAUUAUUCAAGCAGAAAAUAGUUUUCUAUGGAAUUUAUUUGAUCAUCACUCUCAUCAAAAUGCUUCCAAUCCAUUAACUACAUCAUAUGGCAGCAUAAUUGAUUACUGUGGUAGCCAACAAACAACACCCCAACUGGAUGUUGAACAAGCAUCACCUCAAUUGAAUGUUGAACUAACAUCGCCCCACCCGAUUAUUGUAGAUGAUCACAACUUAGUUUUGUACAUCUCAAGUAUUUUACAAGAAUUUGACUUUUCUAAUGUGUCCUCUCGAAGAAAAGAAUGCAAGUCUAUGCACAUUGGAAAUGAACUUUUUGGGUAA